AACUGAAGCCAAUAACAGGAAGUGCACACUCGGUAGCAAUUACUUUUUUGGGAACUUUUACUAACGUAAACGUACAGAAAAUACUUAUACGUGUUCAGUAAUGUAUAGAUUGAUAUAUAAGCGGAGUGUUUUAUUACAUUGCGUUAGACACUUUCAACGGUUAAGAAAGGAUGCAUCUUCUUUGUUGUUUACAUGGUGAAACAUUUGACAAGCUAACGUUAGCUCUGUAAAAUAGAGUCAUAUGAGCUGAUAAUUAUCCAGCAGCUUUGUCCUCACGAAGGAAAGUCAACAUCAGUGAAAGUGCCGACAUACAUGUGUACAUGUACACAAGUGAAGAGUUGUCGUAGGUCGCAGCGAAUUUGCGAAAUUGGUCUGUCACUGAACCUGCGGGGUUUAAAGGACUGACAGCGUCUUCAUGUCAGUAUGCCUUGUUCCUGUGGGAACUGGAGAAGGUGGAUUCGGCCGCUGGUCGUAGUGCUGUAUAUUUUGUUGUUAUUAGUCGUCCUGCCAUUGUGCAUCUGGGAACUGCAGAAGUCACAGGUUGGCAGUCAUAAUAAAGCAUGGUUCAUCGCUGGGAUAUUUGUCUUUAUGACCAUACCCAUAUCAUUAUGGGGCAUCCUCCAGCAUCUGGUUCACUACACUCAGCCCGAGCUUCAGAAACCUAUUAUCAGGAUACUAUGGAUGGUCCCAAUCUAUAGCUUGGACAGUUGGAUUGCAUUAAAAUACCCCAGUAUAGCCAUUUAUGUGGACACAUGCAGAGAGUGCUACGAAGCCUACGUCAUCUACAACUUCAUGACCUUCUUGCUGAACUACCUGGAAAAUCAGUAUCCCAGCCUGGUGUCGAUGCUGGAGGUCCAGGAUCAGCAGAAACACCUGCCCCCUCUUUGCUGCUGCCCGCCCUGGCCAAUGGGAGAGGUUUUACUGUUGAGAUGCAAAUUGGGAGUGUUACAGUACACGGUUGUAAGGCCAAUCACAACAGUGAUUGCCUUGAUCUGUCAGCUGUGUAGAGUGUAUGAUGAAGGCAAUUUCAGUUCAAAAAAUGCAUGGACAUACCUGGUCAUCUUCAACAAUAUGUCACAGCUGUUUGCCAUGUACUGCCUGGUGCUGUUCUACAGGGCUCUGAGAGAGGAACUGAGUCCAAUCAAACCAGUAGGAAAAUUCCUGUGUGUCAAAAUGGUGGUGUUCGUCUCUUUCUGGCAAGCUGUGUUUAUUGCUUUGCUGGUGAAAGCGGGCAUUAUCUCAGAGGAACAUACAUGGGACUGGAAAAGUGUGGAGGCUGUAGCUACAGGUUUACAGGAUUUCGUCAUCUGUGUGGAGAUGUUUCUAGCAGCCAUUGCCCAUCACUUCAGCUUCACCUACAAGCCUUACAUCCAGGAGGCUGAGGAGGGUUCUUGCUUUGACUCUUUCAUGGCAAUGUGGGACAUCUCUGAUGUCAGAGCAGACAUUUCUGAACAAGUCCGCAAUGUUGGGAGAACGGUUAUGGGUCGGCCAAGGAAAUCCUACUUCGGUGAGGCGCAGAAUGAUGGUGAGCGAUCUGGCCUGCUCUCUCCGGGCUCCCAGGAUGCCAUCACAGUGGCGUCCAACCCCGUGUCACCCAAAGGUCAGUACCAGGGCCUGGGCAGAACCCUCACACCGCAUUCUUUGUCUGCCCCCGCCGGGCUCAGCACAGCCCCUUGGGAUGAAGGAUACGAGGCUACACCUGAAAGAACCCAGGAAGAAGAAAGGACCAACCAAAGCAUAGAAGUAACAGAAGCAGAUCUCAUCGUGAUCACCUAGCCUAUCGUUAAGGCUACUGUCACCAACUGACUCUACCAGACAUGGUUGGGCAGGACCCAAUUAUAGCCUUGCAGUUUUCUUUCAGAUAUGACCGUGUUCAUGCAACAUUAAAAAGCUGUUGUUUAAAAGGGCACAACAACAAAGUAAUAGUAGAAGUUUGCCAACAAAUGCAAAACCAGAUGGACCUCUCUGCCACUGACAGCUCCAAGAAUGUUCAGUGACGUUAUGGUACUCAAUCAUUUGUAGAUGACACGCAUUUUAUGCAGUUUUACUAGCAUAAUUGGCUCAGUAGGCAGAACGUCUUUUAGUUCAUUGUAAUUGGGAAAGACUUCAGGUACAUUUUAGGUCAGUUUAAACUUGUGUCCCAAAGAGGAAACUUGUAUUGAAAGAACCCAGUGUUUGUGCUGUUGUGUCUUGAGAUGAAACGCUACAUAACGCUUCCUGAAGUCUGAGCGAUGCAUGCAUGUGUAUCAUUUCCAAAUAGAAAAUACAAUUUUCUUCCUUUUGACAUCUUAGUCAUAUCAUGUUCUCAGAUGUGACAGUUAAGUGGUAAAGAGAAAUAUGCAACUUUUAAAAUACAAGUGUUUCUUUCACUCUAUAUCUUUUGGUAUAGUGAUUUCAGGACAUCAAUUAAAAUGAGUACUUGUAAAUGAAUAUCUACUAUGUUAAAGCACAUUAGAUGUCCAGAUUCAGCUUUUUAUGUGUAGCCUGCAGACUGUGUAUACUUGAGGGAGGGGAUGAAAAGAGCAGAAAAAAACAAUUUUUGGAAGACUAAACUGUUUCAAUGGAGAAAUUAAAUUGGGACUAGUAGGUUAGCGCUAUGCCUGCUGAAAGAUGGGUCCUAACUGAGUAUGACAUCACUACAGAAUUGAUUGGUAUUAAAAUAAUGUACAUAAGUCAGACUAAAACUACAAAUCAGCACAUUCUAUUAAAUUCACAAUAGUGCUUUAGUGCAUACAGCUCACUCUGUAGUGUUUAACAAAUGUAUUCACUAGUCUUCUCAGAUGCCUUGUUCUGUGUGCCAUGGAACUAGUUCAUCCACUACAUCAAUUUAGCAUAUAUAUUCCAGGGUGUUAUUCUUUCAUUGUUAGCUAUUAAUGUUAUCUGAUUAUCUUCUUAGCCUUCAGUCUGGUUCCUGCAUCUAAGCCAUUUCCUUUUUCCCAAAACUUUCCCAAGCUCUUUAGUCAUUGUGAUUUACAUGGGUUUGUGCAGGGAUAUUGACAUGUUUAUUGUACAACUAAUGUCAGAAGAUACAUAAAUGUGUCAACAAUAUAAUCUGCAUCAUGUCCAGCUAGAGAAUGUUGCCUUACAUGAUUUUAUUUUUCUAAAUAAAACUGACAGGAUUACAUCCGAGCUGAUGUAAAUGUUCCACAUUCUUAAUUUAAUUCUCUCUCCGUCUCCUCAAUAAAUCCGAUUAACUACG